CGUCAAUCUUUAUCUCUGUCUUCUGCGCUUUCCUCUCUUCCAGAGAAAUUAGCAAUGGAAAACCUCACUCUCACUGGCUUGUUGAAGAAAGCCGCCGAACAAUUCCCUUCCCAUCGAGCUCUGUCCGCUUCCGGCAAGUUCGAUUUAACACACGCUCAAUUGCAAGAAUUGAUCGAUCAAGCCGCCUCUCGCCUUAUCGCUGUCGGUGUUAAACCCGGUGAUGUCGUCGCUCUUACCUUCUCUAACACUGUCGAGUUUGUGAUUAUGUUCUUGGCUGUAAUCAGAGCCCGAGCCACUGCCGCCCCUCUCAACGCCGCCUACACUCAGGACGAAUUUGAGUUCUACCUAUCGGAUUCCGAAUCCAAGAUCCUCUUAACAUCAGAACAAGGAAAUCAAGCCGCUCAAGCCGCCGCUUCGAAACUCGAAAUUCCUCACGCAACCGUCUCGCUAUCUCACGCCGGUGGCGAAAUCAAACUAUCCUCUUCGUCUCUUCCAGAUGCGAACACCGUCUCAGAUCUGAAAUCUGUUUCCGGAAUUGUGAACGACCCAUCGGACGUGUCGCUCUUCCUCCACACCUCUGGCACAACGAGCAGGCCUAAAGGUGUACCGCUGACUCAGCUGAAUCUCGCCUCGUCAGUACAAAAUAUCAAAACUGUCUACAAACUGACGGAGACGGACUCAACCGUUAUUGUACUCCCGCUCUUUCACGUGCACGGUUUGCUCGCCGGGUUACUGAGUUCACUUGCAGCCGGGGCUGCGGUGACACUCCCCGCGGCGGGACGAUUCUCCGCGUCAACUUUCUGGUCAGAUAUGGUCACAUACAACGCUACAUGGUACACGGCGGUCCCUACGAUUCACCAGAUCAUAUUGGAUAGGCAUCUGAGCAAACCUGAGCCAGUAUACCCGAAGCUGCGAUUCAUAAGGAGCUGUAGCGCGUCGCUUGCGCCGUCUAUAUUGACUAAUUUGGAGGAGUCGUUCGGGGCGCCGGUGUUGGAAGCCUACGCUAUGACUGAAGCGUCACAUCAAAUGUCGACGAAUCCGUUGCCAGAAAACGGUUCCCACAAGGCCGGGUCAGUUGGGAAGCCGAUGGGACUGGAAAUGGCGAUUCUAGAUGAGAAUGGUGUGCCACAACCGGCGGAGGUUAACGGGGAGGUAUGCAUUAGAGGCCCCAAUGUAACCAAGGGUUACAAGAACAACCCCGAAGCCAAUAAGGCGGCGUUCAGCUUCGGUUGGUUCCAUACAGGGGAUAUCGGUUUUAUGGAUUCUGAAGGUUACUUGCAUCUUGUAGGCCGCAUUAAGGAGCUUAUUAACCGUGGAGGGGAGAAGAUAUCACCAAUUGAGGUGGAUGCAGUGCUUCUGUCGCAUCCAGAAGUCGCUCAGGCGGUUGCUUUUGGAGUUCCCGAUGAUAAAUAUGGUGAAGAGAUAAAUUGUGCCAUCAUCCCUAGAGAAGGUUCGAACAUGGACCAAGAAGAGAUGCUCAAGUAUUGCAAGAAAAAUCUCACAAGUUUCAAGGUCCCCAAGAAGGUUUUCAUAACUGACAACCUUCCUAAGACUGCGACUGGCAAGAUCCAACGACGUAUUGUGGCUGAACACUUCCUUGCUCAAAUCUCUGCUGCUAAAGUAUCCAAAUUUGGAGCAUAAACACAACAAUCUUCCAUAAAUUUUUG